GUUUCUCACUAGUCUCUCAGCCAGCCCAUUGCACGCUUUCUCGCGGUCACGCAGGAGAACCUGCUCUCGGACUACUGGUCUCUUUUGCGGUAUUAUGACUUCCUGUCUGAAAUAAAUGCUCCUUCGACGGAAGCCGAGAAUCGCAAAUUUUUUCACCGAGCUCGAAAUUCCAAGACAGGAGAGCGAAGGGCGGGAGAGCGUGGAGUGUGCGUGACAGGUGCUCGCCUCGCUCGGCGUGGGCUUGUAGCUGAGAUGCCGCCGGUCCAGAGAACCAUGUCAGACCUUCGCUCACGUGCUGAAGGAUAUGAAAAGACGGAGGACGCGUCGGAGAAGACCUCCCUCGCCGACCAGAACGAUGCUCGACUGAUAUUCAUUAACCAGCCGCAGUUUACAAAGUUCUGCAGUAACCGUGUCAGCACGGCGAAGUACAACGUGCUCACCUUUCUGCCACGGUUCCUCUACUCACAGUUCAGAAGAGCAGCCAACUCUUUCUUCCUGUUCAUCGCCCUGCUGCAGCAAAUUCCAGACGUUUCUCCGACCGGAAGAUGGACCACACUGGUGCCGUUGCUCUUUAUUCUUGUGGUGGCGGCAGUAAAGGAGGUGAUCGAGGAUCUGAAACGUCACAAAGCAGACAGCGUCGUGAACAAGAAAGAGACGCAAGUGCUGAGGAAUGGCGCCUGGGAGAUUGUUCACUGGGAGAAGGUGGCGGUUGGGGAGGUAGUGCGAGCCUCCAACGGAGAUCACCUUCCGGCAGACCUCAUCAUUCUGUCAUCCAGUGAACCUCAAGGAAUGUGUUAUAUAGAAACCUCAAACCUGGAUGGAGAAACCAAUCUCAAAAUCAGACAAGGCCUUCAGGUCACUUCUGAGAUAAAGGACAUCGACAGCCUGAUGCGUCUGUCCGGUCGCAUGGAGUGCGAGAGCCCCAACAGACACCUGUAUGAGUUUGUAGGCAACAUUCGGCAGGAUGGACACAGCACAGUGCCACUGGGUCCGGAUCAGAUCCUUCUAAGAGGAGCACAGCUCAGAAACACGCAGUGGGUGCACGGCAUAGUGGUCUACACGGGCCAUGACACAAAGCUCAUGCAGAAUUCCACACGUCCACCUCUGAAGCUGUCGAAUGUCGAGCGCAUCACCAACUUUCAGAUCCUGGUGCUGUUUGGCUGCUUGUUGGCCAUUUCUCUGGUUUGCUCAAUCGGACAAAGCAUCUGGAAGUACCAGUACGGCAAUGAGGCCUGGUACAUGGACCUCAACUCUCCAGAUGGAGGUGCAGCGAACUUUGGUCUAAACUUCCUUACCUUCAUCAUCCUCUUCAACAACCUGAUUCCCAUUAGUCUGCUGGUGACGUUGGAGGUGAUCAAGUUUAUCCAGGCCUACUUCAUCAACUGGGACACUGACAUGCUCUAUGAAGUGACCAACACUCCAGCCAUGGCUCGAACGUCUAACCUGAAUGAAGAGCUAGGCCAGGUGAAGUAUAUCUUUUCCGACAAAACUGGAACACUAACUUGCAAUGUGAUGCAGUUUAAGAAGUGUACUGUCGCUGGAGUGGCCUAUGGUCACAGGUCUGAAAUGGAGGAUGGUAGUUUUGCAGAGGAGGAAUGUCACAGCUCCCACUCGAUGGAGGAAGCCGGAUUUAAUGACCCCAGUUUGCUGGAAAAUCUCCAAAGCAAUCAUCCCACUGCUGCCGUAAUCAUGGAGUUUAUGACAAUGAUGGCAAUCUGUCACACGGCCGUCCCUGAAGGCAGCGAGGACACGAUCACCUACCAAGCUGCUUCUCCAGAUGAAGGAGCUUUGGUCCGCGCAGCACGCAACCUCGGAUUCAUUUUUUCAGCCAGGACUCCGGACAGCGUCAUUAUCGAUGCGCUUGGUCGAGAAGAAAGAUAUGAGCUACUGCACGUACUGGAGUUUACAAGUACAAGGAAGAGGAUGUCUGUCAUCAUGCGCACUCCAUCUGGAAAGAUCCGGCUGUACUGUAAAGGAGCCGACACAGUCAUCUAUGAUCGCUUGGCAGAUAAUUCCAGAUAUAAGGAAAUUACACUAAAACAUCUGGAGCAAUUUGCUACAGAAGGUUUGCGCACUCUGUGCUUUGCCGUGGCAGACAUAUCCGAGUCUUUGUACCAGCAGUGGCAGGAGGUCCAUCAUCGCGCCUGCACCUCUCUACAGAACAGAGCCCUAAAAAUGGAGGAAAGCUACGAGCUCAUUGAGAAGAACCUGCAGCUGCUCGGGGCCACUGCGAUUGAGGACAAGCUGCAGGAUCACGUCCCUGAGACAAUUGAGACGCUGAUGAAGGCUGAUAUUAAGAUCUGGAUCCUGACUGGAGACAAGCAGGAGACUGCCAUCAAUAUAGGACACUCCUGCAAGCUGCUCACCAAGAACAUGGGCCUGCUGGUGAUUAAUGAGGAGACUCUGGAUGGGACGAGAGAGAUGCUGAGCCACCAUUGCAGCAUGCUGGGAGACGCUCUUCAUAAGGAAAACGACUGCGCGCUGAUCAUCGACGGAAAGACGCUGAAGUACGCGCUCACCUUCGGCGUGCGCCAAUACUUCCUGGACCUGGCGUUGUCCUGCAAGGCGGUCAUUUGCUGCAGGGUAUCUCCUCUGCAGAAGUCAGAGGUGGUGGAGAUGGUAAAGAAGCAGGUGAAGGUCAUCACCCUGGCGAUCGGCGAUGGUGCCAAUGAUGUGGGCAUGAUCCAGAGCGCUCAUGUCGGCGUUGGCAUCUCGGGCAACGAGGGACUUCAAGCUGCCAACUCGUCAGACUAUUCCAUUGCACAAUUCAAGUAUUUGAAGAACCUCUUGCUCGUCCAUGGUGCCUGGAACUACAACCGUGUUGCUAAGUGCAUCUUGUACUGCUUCUACAAGAACAUUGUGCUGUAUAUCAUUGAGAUCUGGUUCGCCUUCGUGAAUGGAUUUUCUGGUCAGAUUCUGUUCGAGCGCUGGUGCAUCGGCUUGUAUAAUGUGAUCUUUACAGCUCUGCCACCUUUGACCUUGGGCAUUUUCGAGCGCUCGUGCAGAAAAGAAAACAUGCUUAAAUACCCGGAAUUGUACAAAACCUCCCAGAAUGCCCAGGGCUUCAACACCAAGGUCUUUUGGGCUCAUUGUCUGAAUGGACUCUUCCACUCGGUCAUCCUCUUCUGGUUCCCCCUAAGAGCCUUCCAGCAUGAUACCGUCUUUGGGAACGGAAAAACUCCAGACUAUCUGCUCCUGGGAAACAUGGUGUACACAUUUGUGGUGAUCACUGUGUGUCUGAAGGCAGGCUUGGAGACCUCCUCAUGGACCAUGUUUAGUCAUAUAGCCAUUUGGGGCAGCAUUGGAUUGUGGAUAGUGUUCUUUGGCAUCUACUCCUCCUUAUGGCCGCUCAUACCUUUGGCUCCAGAUAUGUCAGGAGAGGCAGAUAUGAUGUUCAACUCUGGAGUCUUCUGGACGGGGCUGCUUUUCAUCCCUGUCACUUCCCUGGCAUUUGACCUGGCUUACAAAGUUAUAAAAAAGGCAUACUUCAAAACCCUGGUAGAUGAGGUUCAGGAACUAGAGGCUCUGUCGAAGGACCCUGGAGCAGUCGUUCAUGGGAAGAGUUUGACCGAGAGGGCUCAACUACUGAAGAACGUGUUUAAGAAGAGCACAGUCAGCCUGUACCGCUCCGAAUCCAUGCAGCAGAACCUACUCCCUCAGAAGGUAGAGGCCGAGUCGGUUGAGACGUAAAGAUGGCUACGCUUUCUCCCAGGAUGAGAACGGAGUGGUCUCCCAAUCCGAGGUCAUCAGGGCCUACGACACCACCAAGCAGCGGACCAACGAGUGGUGAGAUCCGGUCCCACCGGUCCGGCCCCUCAGCCGCCAGUCAACCUUUUAAAGCUGACAGAAGUUAUGAGCUGUCAGGUUGUUUUUGUCUAGCUCUCUUGCUGGAGCUGAGUAGAACAGAGCAAGAGGUCAGUACUUUGAAAGGGAAUAUUUAGAAAACAAACAAAAAACCAAACAAUUAAAUAAAUCCAUAGUUUUGUCCCAGUGCAGUCACUGUGUCCAGCAGUGUGUGGUUUAUCCUGGACUGCAGUGUUCAUGACAAAUUACAAAUAUUAGGAACUCUGCGAAGACACCAUCAUGCUCUCUUCUCUCACAUUCGUACUUCUGUAGUUAAAGCCAAUAGAAAUGUGGUGGGACAAUGAGGGCAACCCUGCCUGUUUCUCUAAUCAGUGAUGGUGUCUUCAUCCUCUCUCCUGUUACUCUACUUCUAGAACUGGCCAUUGCCAAAGAGUAUAGUCAUAGGACUCGAAUGGAAGGUGUGUUAUGCAUUUGUAGUUACAUUUUCCUCCCCAUGCAUCCUUCACUGAUGUUUACCACUGCACACCUGAAUAGAUUUGUUUGCUCUUUGUUUGCUCUUUAUUUCCUUUAUAAUUUUUAUUAUUUUUUUUACUCAGUUUUUAUUUAAUCAGUUUUUUUUUUUUUUUGUGCCCAAUUCAAUAUUUUUUUUUUUUGUGCCUGAAUCUGUUUCUGCAUUCCACAUGGCACACAGCUGCAAAUCACAAAUGUGCCUAAUAGGAACUUUGUAGUCCCCUAUUAGAGAGAACUUCAGAUCCUUUAGCUAGGUACAGUAGAAUUUCUAAUCCAGUAAGUCGUGAAGCUGCUGUACGUCUCUGCAGUGCCUGGCUGUUCUUGUUUGUACCCAGGAGCUGUUAUGAGCUCCACGUGGAGUCUGUUAUGGGCCAGUUUUGAACGUACCUUAGACGACCCAAAAGUCUGGCUUUCGUCGAAACCACGGCGAGCUGAUCCCACAAAACUGAAGUGCCAUUAGCUCACGGGGGACGCGGCGACGACUUAGCGUAGAGGUGCACCCACUAUCAACAAAAACGUCUUUGUGUCUAUAGUUCUUUUGUGAAUUUGUAUUUUUAUAUUGGACAAGUACAACUUUUUUGGCUCGAGCCGCUUUGUAAAUGAGACAUCGUCCUUUUGUUUUGUCAUCGUUCUAAUGGAAGAUUGGAAGACUGAAACGGUCCUGUUACCUUCAUCGAGGCUUGUUUCCGUUUUCUUUUUUUAGUCGAGUAUGUGCACUAGUUCUCUUCUCCCUGUGGGAGAGCAGGUUCUAUAUUUGUGGGUAUAUUGCGUCUCGUCUGCAUGUGCAUGUGUGCGCGCUUGAAAGUGUGUGGGUGUGAGCGUACCUGUUGUUGGGCAUGUCUGUUUUAAAUGAACCCUGGGGGAAUAACUGCUAAUUUCUUCAUACCGAAUUCCUAAAUCCCUUUGUAUUUAAGAAAGAAGUUGUGUGUGUGUGUGUGUGUGAGAUUAUGACUGUGUAAAACUUACUUGUCUGGGUCCGUGUCUUUCCUGUGUGUGAUGCUGCUCGCUCUUUGUCUGCACGACUCCAUGUAUAAUCAGUGAGAUAUGUGCUGCUGCAUGGCCGUGUAUGUGUGUGGGACGUGUACUUGUGUGUGUGUGUGCGUGCGUGUGUGCGUGGGUGUAUGUAUGGUCUGAGGAGUGUGUAUGUGUCCCAGGCACAGAGAGGUUCUUGUCAGUGAUGCCUAACUUAAAGCUUGACAGAUGAUGUUGCACACUGCACUGUUAAUCUCUCAGUGGUGGUGAGUCUCUCUGAUCUUGAGUAUUAUUUCCAGUAUUACGUGUCGGUCUGUUCGUACUUUUAUUUAAAACUCACAGCGUAGAUCUUUUUUUUUACAUGGGAAUCUCAGCGUUUUCUUUUUUCCCAGCUCUUGUAAAGUACAGCUUCGGUGCGUUUGUCUUCUUCUUAUCUCUACUUUCUGGUGAGCGUUUCGUCGGCACUCGCCGAAGUCGCCGAACACAGUGAGAGUCGGACUCGUGCGAUCGCAAAGCAAUUGUCCGUUUACGUUGUUGGCUGCAUGACUGGAUUAAAUGUUAGUCGUACACUGGUUCUCCUUCAGCUGUCGGUCACUUUAAAGAAGAAAAAGCACUUGUUUCUUUUUUGAUGUUUUUUUUGUUUGUAUUUAAGUUUUGUUUGUUUUUUCUUUCUUUUAUUUUUCUGUUUAAUGAUUGUUCAGCAUGUUGGGAUUGUGAAAUUUUAAGUGUUCUGUCUUUUACUGCCAUAACAGACUAAUGAAAUAAACUUUACACCGUGAA